UAAGUUUAACCCUCAUAAAUAUCCCGAAGAUCUUGAAAACCUGCAACAACAACAAUCAAACAUGGCGUCACACUCCUCUAAAAAUCUCUACCCACAAGUCGAUCAGUCGAACCCAGAAUCGUAUUCUUCAUUUUCGUCAUCAAAUCCUUCAGCUCCAUCCAUGUACCCAUCACUCGAGACCAAGGAUCUCGCUGAGAAACUGUUCCCGGACAACGAUCAAAGCCAUGAACAACAACAACAAUCAACUGCUUUUGAAUCUUCAGAGGAAGUUGUAAUCAAAAUCCCCGGAUCAAUCGUUCACUUAAUCGACAAACAACAGAGCAUCCAAUUAGCUUCCGGGGUGUUCGAAAUAAUCCGUCUCCGACAAGGCGGCAACGUCGUCGCGGCUCUCGCUCGUGUCGGCGACGAAAUCCAGUGGCCGUUAGCGAAAGACGAAGCAGCCGUGAAACUAGACGGAUCUCACUACUUCUUCACCCUUCGUGUACCAUCCCAAUCCGGAAACGACGUCGAACCGGAGGAUUUGUUGAACUACGGUUUGACAAUCACAGGAAACUCUUCCGAUGAACUCGAUAGGGUUUUGGAGGAGUACAGUGCGUUUUCGGUGAAGGAGGUGGAGAGGGCUGUGGCGGUGGAGGGAGUUGGCUCUCCGGAGGCUAAAGCGUCGGCGUAUUGGACGACAUUAGCACCGAACGUGGAGGAUUACAGUGGGUCGGUUGCUCGGAUGAUUGCAUCCGGGUCGGGUCAAGUAAUCAGAGGGAUAUUAUGGUGUGGUGAUGUAACAGUUGAUAGAUUGAAAUGGGGGAAUGAGUACUUGAAGAAGAGGAUGAAAUCAGGGCAAAAAGCCGAUGUUAGUCCAGAAGCUCUGAAGAGGAUGAAAAGGGUGAAGAAGUUGACCAAGAUGUCAGAGAGUGUGGCAACAGGGUUGCUUUCAGGGGUGGUGAAGGUGUCGGGGUUCUUUACGAGCUCGAUUGUGAACUCUGCACCAGGAAAGAAGUUCUUUUCCCUUCUUCCUGGAGAGAUUGUUCUUGCUUCCUUAGAUGGAUUCAAUAAGGUGUGCGAUGCGGUUGAAGUAGCAGGAAGGAACGUCAUGUCGACAACAUCAACAGUGACUACGGAUCUUGUUUCACAUAAGCACGGUGAAGAUGCUGCGAAGGUUACAAGCACAGGGAUGGAUGCAGCAGGGCAUGCGAUAGGAACCGCAUGGGCGGUUUUCAAGAUCCGAAAGGCUUUCAACCCGAAAAAUGCUUUUAAACCAACUUCGCUUGUGAAAGCUGCGGCUUCUGGGUCAAAAUCGUCUUCUAGUAAAUCUAGUAAAUCGGAAAUCUGAAUGAAAUGUUAGCUGGAAUUGUUUGUGGGAUAUGUAAAUUUGUUUUCAAGUGGUUUCACCUUUGUGCUUUUCAUGGGACUAUUUGAUGGGAGAAAAGGGGGGAAAACAAAAUAUUCGGUAAUUGUGUAUCGUAAUCACGUAUUAGUUUGUAAUUUACGUGAAAUUGUAGUUGAAAUUUUUCAAUA